GACAGAGGAAGCAAAGGAAAAGGAAACCCUUAGGAGAAGGAAGUGGUUGCAUUGGACAAGCGAGAAUACUUUUUCAUUCUCAGUGGGGUGUGGGAAUAGUGGGAAUCUUUGUCUAUAUUGUUUUCAUUGAUCAUACUAACAAAAUUGAUACAGAGAGUUGCAGAAGGGAGCAGAGCAGAGAGAAAGACCAAAGCAAUGGGAGUGUUGACGAACAAGAUCAAGAGGGAGGAUCUAAAACGUGGGGAUCAUAUCUACUCCUAUAGACUCGCCUAUACCUACUCCCACCACGGGAUAUAUGUCGAUGCGGGAAAUGUUAUCCACUUUCUUCGGGGAGAAGGCCAGGAAAUUGGUACAGGAACUGCAUUAGACAACAUCAUUGGGAGCUCAUUACCUCACCAUCCUUUGGACAAUCCAUGCCCAAUAUGUGGUGAUGAAUCAAGGCGUGAUGGAGUCAUCUCUUCUUGUAUAGAUUGUUUUCUUUCAGGUGGAGAUCUCUACCGCUAUGAGUAUGGUGUCACACGAACUUUCUUUCUUGCCAAAGUUCGUGGAGGCACUUGCACUCUUGCUUCGUCGGAGUCACCCGAACAAGUUAUUCAUCGUGCCUUUUAUUUCCUCCGGAAGGGCUUUGGUGACUAUGAUGUUAUCAAGAACAACUGUGAAGACUUUGCAUUAUGCUGCAAAACAGGCUUGAGAGUGAUUCCUACUGUUAGCAUGGGCCAGAGUGGGCAGGCAGCAUCCUUUCAAGCUGCUGCCGGUAUUAUCAUUUCUUCAUCACUUGUGUUUCUUGCCCGAUCUUCACCACUUGGAUUUCUAGCUACCAAUGUUACUGGUCUGGCGGGAGGUUAUGGCAAAUACUGUGUCAAUCGUUUGGCUAAUGAUAUUGGAGUACGCCGAGAUGUCAUGAAAGUUGUUUUAGAGGAGGAAACAUGAUCUUCUGUUUCCGGUGGAACACUAGCUGCAUAAAGUGGAAACACAAGGUGCAUUCUCCCAAAGUAAUAAUAUUUUGGCAUGCUCAAGAGUUAUAUGCAGUUUGCAAGAAUUUGAUUAUUAUGGUGGCAAUUGAUGACAGUUUGUCACGCAAUGAGCACAACCAAAUUUCAGAAUUUGUUAUGUGUGUGUUUUAAGAUAUCAGAUUUUAUUUUUGAAUUUUGAAUUUAGCUUUUGUUAUGAUUGAGGAUUCCUUGGGAUGUAAUUGUGCCUUAAUAUAAUCCUUGAAACUUAUUAUAAAGAUGAAAUGGUUUGAGUGAA